UUAUAUAUUUUUAGUUUUAUUAUUUUCAAUAAUAAACCUUUGUGAUCGACCAAGAAAAACGAAAGAUUUACCCCUUCUCAAAAUGUUUUUCAAUUUUUUCAAAAAGGUUCUGCGUAGGAAUAUGAAAAUACAACAUUCGUUUAUUUUCCUUUUCGUUUCUAUUGUUAUUUUGAUUUUUGUCCAUUUCAUAAGGAAGGAUAACCCUACGUGAUAGACGGACGAUGAACGUGUAAUGAGCCACAUAUAUUUCAU